AUGCCUCCUCUUCUACAGCCUAUGGUUCAAAGUUUGUUUAUUGACAAAGAGGACAUCAGGAAAGAAAAGAAACAUCAUUCCCACUCCAAGAGGCACCUGCGCAGGCAGGUGGCCGCUGUAGCCGCGAAAGCCACCAUGAAUAAGGUGGCUGGCGGGGACGAGCUCGCAGAACUCUUCAGUCUGAUGCCGGACCUUCUGCAGGCGACCAACACUAGCGGCAACGCGUCACUGCAGCUCCAGGACUUGUGGGAGCUGGGGCUAGAGUUGCCAGCCGGCGCGGCGCCAGGGCAUCCCCCGGGCGGCGGCGGGGCAGAGAGCGCGGACACCCAGGCACGGGUGAGGAUCCUCAUCAGCGUGGUGCACUGGGCGGUUUGCGCGUUGAGGCUGACGGGCAACCUGAUGAAGAGUAAGCAGGGCUGGCGCAAGUCCUCCAUCAACCUCUUCGUCACCAAGCUGGUGCUGACGGACAUGCAGUUCGUGCUCACCCUGCCCUUCUGAGCUGUGGAAAACUCCCUCGACUUCAGAUGGCCUUUUGGCAAGGCCACGUGGAAGAUCGUAUCCACAGUGACGUCCAUGAACAUGUACGCCAGCGUCUUCUUUCUCACCUGCACGAGCGUGGCGCGCUACCACUCGGUGGCCUUGGCUCCUAAGAGCCACCGGACCCGAGGGCACGGCGGGGGUGACUGCUGCAGCCGGAGCCUGGGGGACAGCUGCCGCUUCUCGGCCAAAGCACUGCGCGUGUUGAUUGCGCUGGCCUCGCUGCCCAAAGCCAUCUUCUCCACCACGAUCAAGGUGAUGGGCGAGGAGUUGUGCCUGGUGCACUUCCCGGACAAGUCGCUAGGCCGCGACAGGCAGUCCUAGCUGGGCCUCUACCACUUGCAGAAGAUGCUGCUGGGCUUCUUGCCGCCGCUGGGCAUCAUCAGCCUGUGCUAUCAGCUGCUGGUGCGCUUCAUCUCCGACCACCGCGUGGCAGGGACCGAAGUAGGAGCCUCAGCAGCCGGGGGAGGCCUGGCCAGAGCCAGCGCCCGGAGACGCUCCAAGGCCACCAAAUCAGUGACCGUCGUGGUCCUAUCCUUUUUCCUGUGCUGGUUGCCUAAUCAGGCACUCACCACCUGGAACAUCCUCAUCAAGUUCAACGCGGUGCCCUUCAGCCGAGAGUACUUCCUGUGCCAGGUAUACGCGCUCCCGGUGAGCGUGUGCCUGGCGCACUCCAGCAGCUGCCUCAAGCCCAUCCUCUACUGCCUCGUGCGCCGCGAGUUCCGCAAUGCGCUCGAGAAUCUACUGCGGCGCCUCGCGUCGCCUUCUCUCACUAGCAUGCGCCCUUUCUCCGCCGCCACCAAGCCGGAGCCCGAGGACCACCGGCAGGCCCUGGCGCCUCUCCACCAGGCCGCGGAGCCCGACAUGCUCUACUCUCCGCCCGGCGUGGUGGUCUACAGCGAGGGGCGCUACGACCUGCUGCCCAGCAGCUCCGCCUACUGACGCAGGCUGAGGCCCGGGGUACGCAGGAACUGCCAAGUGGCCUUCCCUCGGCGGAAAAGAGUAGAGCGGAUUAGAGGAUGCUGGGGGCCCCCGGAUCAAGAGGUAGGAGGGACGAGGAGAGAGAGAAACACAAAAGAGCAGCCUACGAAGUGGCCAGGGGACCUUCUCCGGAGAGGGGAGGCUGCGAACCCAGGUGGAGAGAGGAAGGUGGCAAAGUGGCCGAGACCAGUCUCAAUGGACUAAGCCACCAGCCUCCGUCCCCCUUGUCUCCACACACACACCCCUUCCUCUCCUUAUGCUGUCAGCGCUGGGCUGUGUGGGGCGCCCAGAAGCCGAGAAAGGCAUCAGGAAUGUAAAGCAGUUCGGGGACAAGGAAGAGGGCCUCAGCCAAGUGGUGCGCAGACAACUGAGCGCACUUGUUCCAACGACUACCCACCCCCGCCCCAGCUCUUGAAGGGGUCCUCAAGGUGCAUCCAGUCGGGUAAGCCACUCACAAAACCUUUGCACCUUGGCUCCGGGGCUGCCCAGGCGCGAAGGCCUGAUUUGCUGCUUGGCUGGGCGGAGAGCCUAGAGUAUGGGACCAAGAAACUUCUUCGGAGUUAGAAGGAAGGAGUGACAAUCUUGGUCCGCCCUCAGGAGAAAUGCACCGCGAGAGAGCCACCACCCGUGGCGCGUAUGGUUUGUCACUUGGGAUGGGGAGAGCGGACACACGCGGAGCCCGACUGAGACCCUGCAUGGCCUCUGCGCUCAUAGAUCGCCGAGACCAAAACCCUCCGGCGUGCGUGUGAGAGCCCCUUCUCGGGGGAGUGGAGUCUCUGCGGGAGGGAGCGGACGCAGUGUAGUUCGAGGGGCUGAAUAGAGAGACCUCUUCAGGCUACGACCCCUAAAGGAGAAAGGGGGCUCUCUGGGUCCCCCAGCAGCGACUGCGCGGCGCGCUGGAAGCUGGGCGUCUGGGUUCCCCUGAGAGCCGUGUGGGUACCUGGAGACACUCCUUGCGUUCGGGUCUGCGCGCUGCAAGUGAGCUGUGCCCAGGAGCAACUUGAACAGGUCUGAGUAGACAGGCUACUGGGACUGGGGACUCCCCUGCAGCCUCUCCCCCUUCACUCUUUGGCAAUCGGAAUGCCGGUUUGAUUGAGGCUCUGGGCCAGCAAGUAGGGGGAUCGUUCGGCCGCGUUUUUCGUUGGCUUAGAUGGAAGAUUAAGAGAUGCUGUAGAAAUGUGGUUCCUGAAACCCAAAUUCCUGGAAGCUGGCGUCUGAUCUUUCAAGGGGGAGUCGUGGGGUGGGAAGGGGAAUGGGAGACUCCGGUAAAAUCUGUCCUAAAGGGAAAAGAGUACCGAGAGUCUGUUUUGAGGGGAUCGCCAGGAUUUCAGGUGUGGGGUUUCUUAUUGUUCGUAACAUUGAGGAGAGAAGGCAGGGAGUCAGAAUUCCCACAGGACUCUACCUUAACCAAGUUCCAUUCAUUCUAAGGAGUGGUCAGCACGUUGACAUGCGUGAUGAAUUCUUCCUUAAGCCCCAGUGUAUGGGACCAUCUGAAGGGUGACACAUCUCUCAUAACAAUUCUGUUCCGGUCACGGCACAGUAGUCCUUUCUUGAGGCUGCUCAGAGUGGGGAUCGAACAAUCUACCCAUCCAGCUGCCAGUUUUGACCGAGGUGCUACGGUUGUUCUCUUUGGCGACCUAGUUUGGGAUCAAAAUACAGGUGAUGUAGGCACCUACUGUGUGCUUAUUUUAAUACCAUAAAUAAUCAUUAUACAAACAUGUCUGCUUAAAGAGCCUCUGGAACUGUCAAUCGUUUUGUGAGUUUGUUGGAAAUUCCCAGUAGCGUCUGAGAUUUAAGGCUGCAAAUGGGAACUGCACGGCCCCGGCGUCCCUGGCCCUGCUUUCCGUUAACACACACAGUGCAAACACUCAGGCCUUGCCACAAAAACAAAAGCUGCCUCGCAUCCUCAAUCCUGAGUAGCCUUGAGAAGUUACCUUUUUCAGAAAACAGAAAAAUGCUUUUCUUUAAAAGUAGUCACAUCAGUCUCUCUUUGCCCUUUAGAAAGAAAACUUACUGACAUUGAUAUUGAGGACCCAUGGGCUAAUAAAAAUUGAACUGUAAGCCCUCCAUGUCUCCAAAAUACAAAAUAAAUGAACAAGUAAACACCCACAAAGAACAAAUAGUAGCAUGGUAGUGUAUCUAUGUGUAACGCUGGUAUUAGACAUUUACAGAGAGAUUCUCUUUAUUAAAGCAACUUGCCUUUUCAA